GUGGGUGUAGGUUAUGUUCGCUUGUCGUGUGCAGUGAUUAAGUGUAAAACGGAAUCAAAAAGUGGAUUUACUCUUUACAAAUUGUGAUUACUGUGUGGAUAUACGGAUUAUCUCAUGCUGCAAUGGAUGAACUGUUCCGUGUAAGGAGUGAGGGUGGCGCAGCCAUGUUACCUUGGGUGUAAGAGGUAGUGUGGUGGUGAUCCCCGAAUCAGAGCAUCCUCUCCGCUGGAAGGUGCACACGUCCUCACCCAAGGGAGUCAUCCCUGCUGCCGCACCAGUGCCAGUGGGAGUGCCGCAGGGGUCCGGGCGCUACCCUGCCGGCUCAGGCUCGGCGACGACGUCCCUUGAUGCGUAGGAGAGGAGAGGAGAGGAGAGGAGGGAAAGUGCCAAAUGACGGGGAAGUCUAUUCGGGUGCUGGGCCAAGUGGAGUCUUGAUCGCUUAAUUAUUAAGUUUCCGGCGGGACGUCCAUGAGAAAAUCGAAAAGUUGAAGCGUGUAAUCCUUACAAAAAAGAAAAGAGAGAGUGCUUUACGGUGUCUAGUUUGCCGGCGUCGAGUGCCUUAGUGUGAAGGAGUGCCGUGUCCUAAAGAAAGCGCGAUUUCUUUUUUUCGAGGUUCGUCGAGUGAGCGCGAGAGUUGUCGUAGUGAUGUUGAUGAUGUUGGUCCAGCGGCAUUAUGUGUGAAAAGUGUCACUCUGGGGGGUUGGGGGAGGCACACCACCACCCCGGCGGCAGCCCCUCCUCCUCCGCCCCCACGACGCCUCCCUGCAGCAGUGGCCGAUCCUGCUGGGGGAGUCGCUGGGGGGACGUGGUGAUGGCGCGGCCACCCGCGGUCACUGCCAAGGGCGUUGGUUCGAGUGCGGUAGUGGCGAGAGGAAGCGUCAGUGCCAAUGAUUGGAGGGAUUCCAGAAGAGUGCCAAGAAGAACAGUCGUUGUGAGAGGCCCCGUGAGGACUCCCGCGUGGGCGGCCAUGUUAUCUCUAGUAAUAACUUUAUUUCUUGCUCCCGCGUCAGGGGAGUACGUGCGAGAGUUCGAAGUGUCGGAGGGCGUGCCCAUAGGGACGAUCGUCGGUCGCAUCGGGGACAGCAAUCCUGGGCAGCCCUCGCCGCCCCAGCCGCCCUACCUAAUCGUGCCAGUGACCGGAAGCAAAGUGGACGAGGACCUCAACAUCGACGAGGACACUGGCGAGAUCAAGACGAAGGUGUUGCUCGACCGAGAGCUCCGGUCCCAGUACUCCCUUCAGGCGAUACACCAGAACGGCGAGGGCAUCAGGGUCGUCAUCAACGUCAAGGACGAGAACGACAACGCCCCGACGUUUCCCGCUCCCGUCAUGAACAUCGACUUCCCCGAAAAUACUCCGCGGGACGUCAAGCGGAAUUUGGCGCCUGCCAAGGACAAGGACUUGGGCAUCUUCAACACCCAGCGUUACGAGAUCAUCUCCGGCAACUUCGACAGCGCCUUCCGCCUGUCGUCGCACCGCGAGAGGGACAACGUCCUGUACCUCGACCUGCAGAUCAAUGGGUUUCUAGACAGGGAGACGACCGCCUUCUACUCCCUCUUGAUAGGGGCCUGGGACGGGGGCACCCCGCCCCGCAAGGGCUCCAUGACUGUCAACAUCACCAUCCAGGAUGUGAACGACAAUCAGCCCAUAUUCAACCAGAGUCGCUACUUUGCCACGGUGCCCGAAAAUGCCACCAUCGGGACGUCGGUCCUGCAAGUCUUGGCCACGGACACGGACGCCGGGGACAACGGCAAGAUCACCUACUCCAUCAACCGGCGGCAGAGCGACCGCGAAAACAUGUUCCAGAUCGACCCCAAAUCGGGCGUGAUCUCCGUCAACCGACCUCUGGACUUCGAGACCAAAGGGAUACACGAGCUGGUCGUCGUGGCGCGGGACAACGGCAAGCAGCCCCUGGAGACCACCGCCUUCGUCUCCAUCCGCGUCAUCGACGUCAACGACAACCAGCCCACCAUCAACCUGAUCUUCCUUUCCGACGACGCCACGCCCAAGAUCUCCGAAGACGCCCAGCCGGGCGAGUUCGUGGCCCGCAUCUCCGUCAACGACCCCGAUUCCAAGGAGGAGUACGCCAACGUCAGCGUGACGCUGGAAGGCGGGGACGGCCACUUCAACCUGACGACGCAGGACAGCAUCAUUUACCUGAUGGUGGUGUCGCGGCCGCUGGACCGCGAGGUGAAGCCCAACUACACGCUGAUCGUCUUCGCCACCGACCAAGGGAACCCGCCCCUGCACGCCUCCCGGAAGUUCGACCUGCAAGUGACGGACAUGAACGACAACGCCCCCGAAUUCGACCAGACAGUGUACCACGCCAACGUACUGGAAGUGGCCGAUCCAGGGACGUCAGUCUACCAGCUGUCAGCUCUGGAUCGGGACGAAGGCAACAACUCGGUCAUAACGUACUCGAUACGGGACACGCCAGAGACUCACUCGGACUGGUUCCAAAUAGACGCGCGGACGGGUUUGAUCACGACACGGACGCACGUGGACUGCGAAACGGAACCGGUGCCACAGAUCACGGUCAUAGCAACGGACUCGGGCUCGCCGGCACUCUCCUCCUCCACCACCGUCAGGGUCACGAUUCGUGACGUCAACGAUAACGAGCCCAUAUUCGACCAGAGCUUCUACAACGUCUCCGUCCAGGAGUCGGAAGCCGUCGCCAACUGCAUAUUAAAGGUCUCGGCCACAGAUCCGGACUGCGGAGUGAACGCCAUGGUCAAUUAUACAAUAGGCGACGGUUUCAACCGCUUCAAAGAGUUCGAGAUCCGCCCGGCGACGGGCGACAUCUGCAUAUCAGGACAGCUAGAUCACGAGACGAGAGCGGUCUACGAAUUUCCGGUCGUGGCCACGGACAGAGGUGGCCUGAGCACAACAGCAGCUGUGAAAAUCCAACUCUUGGACGUCAACGACAACCGUCCAACCUUCUACCCUCAGCAGUACAACGUCUCCCUCAGAGAGCAGCACAAAUCGACAUCACCUGUAGUAGUGGUCGUGGCCACUGAUAAAGAUGCUGGGAUAUACGGACAGGUGACCUAUGAAAUCAUGGGUGGGAACGACGCCGGCAUCUUCCGAAUCAACGGCAAAACCGGAGAGAUUUUCGUCACACGCUCCUUGUCCAAAUCCACGCCCAUGUACCACAUCAACGUCUCCGCCCGCGAUGGGGGUGGCCUCAGGUCGGAAGUGGAAGCGGAAGUCGCUAUAUCCGUUAUAGACACGAAUCAGGAGCCGCCCAUCUUCGAGAAACCUAGGUACACCUUCGGCGUAGCUGAAAACGUAUCGCGAGAUUCCGUCGUGGGAAUUGUCACGGCUACGUCCAGUGGCAGAGGUGGAGGCGAAGUCCGCUACAACAUCUACUCGGGAGAUCCCAACGGCUACUUUAGCAUCGAUAGUCUGAGUGGCACUCUGAGGACGGCCUCGCCCCUGGAUCACGAGUCGCAUCCUUUCGUCCUUCUCAACGUCCUGGCCACGGCUGGCAAUCCUCCCACUUACGGCCAUACGCAGGUGAACAUCAGCAUCUGGGACGUGAACGACAACGCCCCCGAGUUCGACGUCAGUACGAUGAAGUUGUCGGUGAGGGAGAACGCCGUGUUGAACGUCACCAUUUACGUGGCCCACGCCACCGACCACGACUCCGGCGACAACGGCGUCGUCACUUACGAGCUCAUCCAGAAUCCAGGGCAGAUGUUUCAGAUUGAUGAGGACCAGGGAAUCUUAAUGCUGGCGCAGAUGCUGGACUACGAAGCGGUGCAGAAAUACACCUUGAUCAUCGGUGCCAAGGACAAGGGUGAUCCGAGACUGUCCUCCAACCUCACGGUCAACCUCGAGGUCCAAGACGUGAACGACAACCCGCCUGUGUUCGACAAGUCCUCCUACACCGUCAACGUUCUCGAGUCUCUUCCAGCCAACUCCCAGUUCCUGCAGGUGACGGCUGUCGAUCUGGACACCGGGAACAACGCUCGGCUGACCUACACCAUCAAGGAGAAGGAGUUCGAGAACAUCUUCGGUGUGUUUCCGAAUUCCGGUUCUCUGUACCUGAAGGAGGUGUUGGAUCGUGAGACGCGAGACAGCUACGUCUUGACUGUCAUCGCCACAGACAAUGGCACUCCUGUGUCCACAGCCUCCACCACCGUCACUAUCAGCGUGCUGGACGCUAAUGACAAUUCGCCCUCAUUUUCACAGCAGGUCUACGAAUUCACGGUCGAAGAGAACCUCAGUUCGGGAACGGUUGUCGGGAGUGUUUCGGCCGAGGACCGAGAUCUCGGGAACAAUGCCUCCUUGAGGUACUCCCUCCAGUCCACUGAUGGCUCUUUCCACAUCAACCCGGUUACAGGUGAAAUCGUCAGUCGCAAUGCCCUCGAUCGAGAGCUGAAGGCAGUCUACGAGGUCACCGCCGAAGUGCACGACGAGGGGCGCCCUCCACGCCAUGCCCGUGCCACAAUUAGGGUCCUGGUCACCGACGUCAACGAUAACUCCCCUACGUUCAUUGAGCCACGAGAGGCUUCCGUGGGCGUCCACGAAGAACAGCCUGCUGGCACCGAAGUCCUUCAGGUUCGUGCCACUGACAGAGAUGAGGGUAAUAAUGCCUCCAUCACAUACUCUUUCAUCACAAAUGAUGAGUCGGACGAUGAUGCAGCUUUCACCAUCAAUCCGAGCACAGGAGUCAUCACGACAACCAAGGUUCUAGAUCACGAGGCGAAGAAAGUCUAUCGCGUGGUGGUGCAAGCGAGCGACCAGGGCAACCCACCUCGGAACGUCACCAAAGUCAUCAAGAUAGAGGUGUUAGAUUUAAAUGACCAACGGCCUACUUUCCCCUCGUCGUCGAUGACGUUCAAAUUGAAAGAGGGCGUCAGAGUUGGCGAGGAAGUGGGUUCUGUUAUCGCCGUGGAUCGAGACAGAGGGGAGAACGCCCGGGUCAUAUACACCAUUCUCUCUGGUAACAAUUUUGGAACCUUUGAUAUCAACAAGACCACCGGACAGGUUUUCACAGCCCGGGAGGUCGACUACGAAGAAGCUGCCGAAUACAUCCUCGAGGUAAAAGCAGAAGACUCGUCAGCCGCCAAUCCUCAGAGCUCGAUCAUCAAUGUCAAAAUCGAAAUUCAGGACGAAAAUGAUCAGUCUCCCGUCUUCAAAGAUGACCCCAUCACGUUUUCCAUCAACGAGAGCACUGCCAUUGGCACACCCGUGUGGAACUUCACUGCAACUGACCUCGACUCUGGUGACAACGGAUACAUCCAAUACUCUCUGACCCAACAGUCUCCGAAGAAAGUCUUCAAACUGGAUGCCACUUCAGGGGUGCUGACGCUGAUGGCACCGCUCGACUACGAAGAGCAUCGCGAAUACACACUGGUCGUGACGGCCUCGGAUCAAUCUCGGGAUGAGAGUCAUCGCCGCCAAGCGUCAGUUACUGUUCGCAUUCUGAUCGAGGACUACAACGACAACUCCCCGAAGUUCGUGUCGCGCGGGCGCGUCGACAUCAUGGAGGAUGAGCCUAAAGAUUACCCAGUUCUGCACGUGAUAGCCACCGACGAAGAUUCCCUCGACAACGGCCGUGUCACGUACAUCAUCACUUCGGGCAACGAGGACGGCAGCUUUUCUCUGGACUACGAGACUGGAAUCCUUACGAUUGUCAAGACGCUGGAUCGUGAACACGCCACUCAUUACCACCUGAACGUCACUGCCAGUGAUCACGGUCAGCCACCGCGAUCUGCAAUGCAGGUAAUCGAGGUGUUUGUCGAAGACGUCAACGACAAUUCUCCGAAAUUCAGUCAGCCUGUGUAUCACGCUAAUGUAUCAGAAGGGGCUCCUCCAGGGGCGUCUGUCAUAAAAGUGACGGCCUCUGACCGCGACAGCGUCCCUAACAGUAAUCUGACUUACAUCAUACCAGCAGGAAUUGGCGACAAUAAAUUUCGCAUUGAUCCGGCCAACGGCAUCAUACACACCGUCACAUCUCUCGAUCGAGAAGUCAAGGAGCAGUACAACUUGACUGUUUACGUACGAGACGGCUCUUUCCCGGCCCAGUACGACACAGCUUCGGUUCUGGUGACCUUGACUGACAUCAAUGAUCACGAUCCUGAAUUUCGCGACUCGUGCUAUCCGCUGAGAGUCCCCGAGAACACUGACCUUUCAGUGAUACACACGGUGUUAGCAACGGACAAAGAUGACGGCACGAAUGGCGAAGUGAGGUACUCCAUUACCGACGGCAACGUGAACAACAAAUUCAGCAUUGACUCGUACUCGGGCCAGCUGUCGUCACGGCGCCUCGACAGAGAAGCGCAGUCCAAGUAUUACUUGGUGAUCACCGCUGAGGACCGUGCGACCCCGUCAUCGAGGAGGGGAAUUUGUAAUAUCACGAUCACGGUGGAGGACCUGAACGACAACGAACCGAAGUUCUCCCAGAAUCGUUACACGGCGUCGCUAGCUGAAGACGCCCCACCGGAUACGACGGUGCUCACCGUCAGGGCUACAGACGAAGACCAUGGGGAAAACUCACGUAUCACGUAUUCGCUGAGUAACGAAACCGUGUGGCUCUUCAAGAUUGAUAAUGAGACUGGUGCUAUUACAACUGCGGGAUAUUUUGACUAUGAGAAAGAGAGCGUCUACACGUUCGAAGUUCGAGCGACUGACGGUGGUCGAUAUGAUGUCCGUUCCGGUGUGGCCCAGGUGCAGAUCACCAUCACUGAUGUUAACGACAACAAACCCGUCUUCAACUCUUAUCCCUUCACUGUCAGUGUGCCAGUCUAUUCCCAGCCGGGUCACCAGCUAUUGCAGGUCACUGCCAGCGACAAAGAUGAAGGUGUCAACGCAGAUAUAGUUUACAGCUUAGUGAACGAACCUUCGAACAACAAAUUCCGAAUCAAUCCCGAGACGGGCAUCGUCACAGCAACGAGUCCCCUCGGACUGGAAAGCGGCCGCUUGUUUCACCUGGAAGUUCUGGCGACAGACCGCGGCCAACCACCCCAGUCUUCCACGGGCCUGAUCGAGAUCAUGGUAGGGGACGCGACCUCCACGACCACGCUCCGGUUCCAGAACUUGACGUAUGCAGUCGAGCUCAACGAAAACGCUCCCUCGGGGUCUAAUGUCGUUCAGGUGGCUGCCUUUCGUUCGGAUGGUCGUCGCCACACGAUCGAAUACAGUUUGGGCUCCGGAAACGAAGACGAGAUCUUCGAAAUCGACAAAAAUAGCGGUCUGAUUACGGUACGAGACCCCACUAAAUUGGACUUCGAGAAAAUUCCCCAGAUGAGGCUCAUUGUCGUCGCUCAGACGGAGGAGGAGACGCCGUUGUACGCGUACACCAGCGUACGAAUCACGCUCAUGGACGUCAAUGACAACGCCCCUCGUUUCACGCAAGACAGCUACAUCUCCUACGUGUGGGAAGGCAACAAGAAAGGGGCCUACGUCAUGCAGGUGUUGGCCACAGAUGAUGACACUGGUAUUAAUGCUAAUAUUGUGUACCACAUUGUUGAUGGCAACCAUGACAAUGCCUUUGUGAUUGAUCCGCCCUUUUCUGGGAUAGUCAAGAUUAACAUUGUGCUUGAUCGCGAAAUCAGAGAUGCAUACCGGCUGACCAUCAUUGCCACAGACGAAGGCUCCCCACAGCUGACUGGGACUUGCACCCUCAGAAUCAAAAUAGUGGAUGCCAAUGAUAACCAGCCAACAUUUCCACCACACUCUCUUGUACAAGUUUCUGAGGGUUCUGAAGUGGGAACAGUCAUAACAACGAUCACCGCUAAUGACGUGGACACAAAUCCAGCCAUUACGUAUAAAUUUGCAACGGACGGAAACCCCCACAAUAUGUUCAGCAUCGACAAAUUCAGUGGCAAGAUUACCUUAGCGAUGCCACUCGACCACGAAGCAAGGGCAGAAUACAUGCUGCAGGUGGAGGCCUCGGAUGCAGCUCACACCGCAAGAACUUCCAUUACUGUUCAGGUGGUGGACGAAAAUGACAAUUCUCCCGUGUUCACUCAGCAAGCCUACCAGGUCACGUUGAAAGAGCUCUCCGUGCCCGGGACUUCUGUCAUCAGGGUCAAUGCAACUGAUGCCGAUGCAGGAGCCAACAGUCGCGUGACUUACAGCUUAGGGACAUCAUCAGACGGCGGCUUCUACAUCAGCGAGCGCACAGGUGUCAUCUUCACGAACUCUUCCAUCCAUUACAAUCCUCGUCAGCCAGUCAUCCAGUUGGUGGUCACUGCUAGAGAUAGUGGAAGGCCAUCUCUUGCAGCCGUGGCUGCUGUUAGGAUACAGGUCACUGAUGUGAACGACAACGCGCCAAAGUUCUCUCGUGAAGUGUACACAGCUCAUGUGAGUGAGGAUGCACCAAGAGGCCAUCCCGUCACAAGAGUAUCAGCUUCAGAUAUGGACGAAUCCAGACACAAUCGAAACAUCGACUACAGGAUCGUUGGAGGAAACGAACUGGGCGCUUUCCAGAUCACCAGCAGCACAGGAGAGAUUCUCUUGGUGAAGAGACUUGAUCGAGAGCAGCAUGCAGAAUUUCGUCUCAUAGCUAUGGCUACCGACCGCGGCCGCCCUGCUAAAAAUGCUACAGCAGAAGUUGUGAUUACUGUCGAUGACGUCAAUGACCACGCUCCAGUUUUCAAUCAGAGCGAGUACGCAAUAACAGUGAAUGAAAGUCUGAGCGUAGGCACCACUUUGCUUCAGGUGUCUGCAUCAGACGAUGACAUAGGAGAUAAUGCACUUAUAAGUUACGACAUCACUUCUGGUGAUGAGCAGCAGAUUUUUGCUGUGGAUUCGGAGACAGGGGUUAUCACACUCAGAGAAAUUCUAGAUUACGACACCGUUACUGAGUACAAAUUCAUCGUGCGAGCUUCAGACAGCAGCCGUCAUCAUCCCCUGUCAACUCUAGCAAUUGUUCAUAUCACUCUGGAAGAUGAAAAUGACAAUGCUCCUAUCUUUCCUGUUGAUAAAUACCUGGAAUUUGUGGAAGAGAAUGCCCCAGUAGGCACAACAGUAUUCACAGCACAUGCCAAUGAUGCGGAUAGAGGCCAGUAUGGUGCUCUCAACUACUCAAUUCCUGGUGGAAAAGACAGGGAUAAGUUUUCAGUAAAUCGUGAAAGUGGCGUCGUUAUUACCAAAGCAAUAUUUGAUUAUGAAGCCCAGCAAGUUUACUCAUUCCUUCUGGAGGCCAGGGAUGCUGGAGGAAAGUCUGCCAUUGUCACUGUUGAGGUCCAUAUUGAAAGCAGGGACGAAUUUGCUCCAGAGUUCUUAGAGCGCAGUUAUUACUUUGCUGUUCCAGCCAGUAUGGAAACUGGAAUGGUAGUAGGCCGUGUGGAAGCCACUGAUAAGGAUGACGGACCUGAUGGCCGCAUUUUUUAUUCUCUUCAUUCGACUUCGACUACAUUUAAAAUCAACAGGACAUCUGGUGAAAUAUCUGUCAGGCGUCCAACAACUCGUGAUGAUGGUUUAAUGAGGAUUGAAAUAGUUGCAACAUCCGGACUAGGGGAGGACUCCUUGCGUGCUGUUGCUGUGGCAGAGAUCAAUGUAGGUGGAAGAAAUGGCACGUGGACAAACACAACAGCUGCCACCACUGGUGGGAAAAAUUCGGGGGGAUUGGCUACCUGGGCUAUUGGACUGUUGAUUGCUCUUAUUUUCUUGGUUCUGAUCUUUGGAGGCGCCUUUUUAUUCCUUUACCGGCGCAAUCUUAGGGCGAGGAAGCCUGCAAUGGCAGACCAGUUUGACACAUCAUUCGAUACCAUUGAUAUUCGCCCACAGCCCACCGCACCCGCAGAUCUUUCUCAAUACCCACCACGUUAUGACCUGCAACAUUAUGACCACCAUGGGGAGCGCAGCCAUCACCACGGCAACACCACUUCAGAGAUGAGUGAGCAGAGCCAGAGUGCAAGCAGUGGCCGGGGCAGUGCCGAUGACAACGAAGAUGUAGAAGACGAAGAAAUCCGCAUGAUAAACGAAGGGCCCCUCAUCCAGCAACAGAAGUUGCGGGAACGGCUGGGCCUUCCUGAUUCGGGAAUUCGCGACGACGAUAACAUGAGUGACGUUUCUGUUCAUAAUACUCAGGAAUACUUAGCUCGCCUAGGUAUAGAUACCACAAAAAGUGAAUCUACAAAAGGUUCCCAGGAUCUUGCACACUCCAUGGAAAGCAUGCACAUGUUUGACGACGACGGAGGAGGAGAAGCGGAUGGCAUGGAUAUCAGUAACUUAAUUUAUGCUAAACUUAAUGAAGUGACGCCAGAGGAAGAAUCUUCUAUCAUGGACGGCACGAGGGCAUUUGCAUUUGGUGAUGAAAGUCAGCCCUCCAUGACUGGUUCGUUGAGUUCCAUAGUGCACAGUGAGGAAGAGCUGCAAGGAUCUUACAACUGGGACUACCUACUAGAUUGGGGACCACAGUAUCAGCCUCUAGCACACGUCUUCUCCGAAAUAGCCCGCCUCAAGGAUGACUCCGCACCAAAUUACAGCCGCGAACCCAAAAAAACGCUAAACCCUCAAGUGAAGACAAUUCCUCCACCGUUGCUGACAAGCGUGGCUCCGCGCUCCAUUGCUCCGGUGGCACUCAAUACAGUGCGCACUAGUCAGUUGACCUUACCCUCCCUCCCGCGUUCCCCUAUCAGUCACGAGUCCUCAUUCACUUCUCCUGCUAUGUCACCCUCUUUCAGUCCGUCUUUGUCCCCCCUAGCAACUCGUUCACCAUCCAUCUCGCCACUCAUGACCCCUGGUAGUGUAAGCCAUACAACAUCACCUGCGGCGGCUGCUGCUGCACAGACUUCAGCCACAUCUACACCUCAUCAUGGCCGACCGGUUGGUCAGAGACCAGGGCCAGCUGGUCUAAUGGCUGGUGCUUCAUCAGGCUCAGAAACAGAACUCAGGAUAUAGCCUACAGUUUACUCCUUGACAUGGCAUCAUCAUCAUCACCACCACCAUCACCACCACCAUCAUCACCAUUUUUAACAACAUUUCCAACCUUCAUGAUAAGACAUCCCCAUCAUUGUUUUUUCUUUUCAUCUCAAGUAUUUUAUCCCAAAUGCUCCCCUUUAUGGAGAAGGCAGUGUACAGAUUUAGUGUGUGACACACCAAGUGCCUGUGCAUUUAUCCAAGACAAUACUACACCUGUUUGUGGCCAAAUCAUCAAUGUGAUAUAGUUAUUGAAGUGACGUUGCCAAAUGUACUUAAUGUAUGAUGCUUUGUUUUUGUAUAUUUGUGAAUAUUAAUUGUUAGAAUUAUAUCUAGCAUCAAGUGUUGCAUCAUGCUGCAAGUAAUGCCAAACCUGCUGAGGAAAGAGUGGCCACUCACACAAUGGAAGUGCAUUGGUUCCUGAAAUAAAAAAAGGAAAGAAGAGUCUUUUUUCUGAUCUUUUGAAAGGUAUUGAAUAAUAGGAAGUGACAGAAGGACUUCACUGAAGAAGGAACAGUGUCAGAAGGAGCGAAUGCCAGUGAUUAAUAGGUGCAAGAAACUUUUUUUUUCUAAGAGGAGCACAAGGUUGCUAAUGAACCCAGUGCUAGCAAAACAAGUGCACAAGCUAAUAGAAGACCUUAGAUUUAUUAGGUCUUGAGCAGUUACAAGAAUGUAAUUUGGUACAAUGUGUGUGAAGAAUGAAAUAACGAAAGUGCUAUAACAAAAGUGCUACACCAGUGUUUGAAACUUUUUUUUCUUUCUCUCCUUAAAACAAAACUUGUCUUCCAUUUAUGCGUGGGGUGUAAAUACCUCGGUACUGUGUUAUAUACUACUUAAAAUGCAAGUUCUGUCGAGUGAUGGCAAAUUCCAUGAUAGACUGACCUGAAACAGAGUAGUUUAAACUUAUUUAAAAGCAAAAAAAUUUGAAGCCCCAUUCUUGAGCAGUUUUAGGGUUUGUAAAAUCAUCACCUCACAAAUUUUACUACCAAAAGUGCCACUUACAUAUUGGAUAUACUGCAGUGUACAAUAGUAAUAAUAAUCAUACUGAUCAUCAUAAUAGCAUGCCCUGGGACAUCCUACCCACGACACAAUUCACGUAGUGCUAAGAUUCCUGUCAUCUUUGCAAGUUGAUGCUCCAACCAUGAUUGUACAGUGGCUAUUUUAGUUUGAGAGUUGUCUGCUGUCAUCGUAUGUAAUCUAAAACAGAAUAUUUGCUGUUGCUACUAUUAUUCAUAUUUGAGAUAAUCACGUAUGGUUAUUGGUGGUAAGCAUGCAUGUCUGUUGUUCGUUUUAUGAGUGUUUGUGUCUUUUCCAUUUUCUCUUCCUCGAUUCCAUGCAUACUCUUAGGUACCCAUCAGUUUUGAAAUACAUAGUCAAAUUGUUGAUUCACAUUGUACCUGUAUGUACAUCAAAACAGAUUUGUCCUGAGCCUUUUUUACCAAAGUAUUCUCAUCUGUUUACCUAAUUCAGUAUUUACAUGGUGUGUGAACCCUAGUCUUCGCACUGUAUUUCGCAUUUGUUGAAAGUAUACAAAGGUUUUUUUUUAGGGAUGAAACACCUCAAAACGUUAUUUGCUAUUCCACUUUUUUUGUACCACAUCAGUGCCAUUAUAGCCAAGGUAAUAGUUCCCUUACACAGUAUAGUGCCAAUUGUCUUCCUUAUUUGUGCCUCCAUCAAUCUAGAAUGGAUAUAUAAACUCAUGAUUGUGCCAAGUUUAUGUUACUUGUACUACUAUUACUGCAACAGUUCCCAAUCCACAUUAAGUAACUGUUGGGUAGCAAACAUUAUGGGUAGUGAUUGUGCCAAGUCUCCCAGGUCUUUAACCAGUACGUUUUAUUAGAAGACUGAGGAUUUUUCCAGAUUUUUCCAGUCGUCCGAGGCAGCAGCAAGUUGUGCCUUAAGGCUCCAGUUUCUGACCUACGCUGUCCAGCAGGAUCAUUUUUCGGUUAUUCUGGACAACAAAUGUGCCAAUUAUUCCUCCUUUAUCAUUUCCUCAGUCACUUCUGUGCAUUGGUCUGUUUCAGAAAGUAUAUUUUAAAAAUGCUUAAUGAAAUUUCAUGUUGCCCUUUUAAAUUAUUUUAAAUGACUACUUGAUAAAGUUGAUUCAAUUUUUUUAGGUCUUUUAAUUGUGCAAUGCCAUGUCCUGGUAGAAUUCAUGACUACUUUUGAGUUUGCUCGGAAAAUAUAUACAACUCGCUAUACUCACAAAAUCCAUCACACAUGGUUGAUCUCUUGCAUUAAUUGAUGAUAUUUUUUUUUAGCCUAAGUGUCAAGCUGUCAAUCUGACACUUCCUGCCAAAUCAAAAUGUACCUAUUAUAUAGCAUCACCCUGUCAAAAGACAGGCAACUCUCUUUAUUGUAAAUACCUGUAUUGUUUGUUUCUUAUUUUCUGUACAGUUCAUUUGUGUUCACACAGAAAUUUGUAUAAUUUUGUAUUGUGAUAAUGCUUUAUACCUUGAUGAAGGUAUAAAUUUAAUAAAGAAAUAGUUACA